AUGGCUUCUCUCCCCGCCCGGCCUGAGUCGCAACGGCGCCAGGUAGGCCCCGCAUCCUCAGAGCUUCACGAGCCUGCCAUUCCCGCCAGCAACACGUCUGGCACAGCCCCUGAUCCCUCAUCGGCCGUUGUCCUAAAUGAUCCCGCCCCAUCGUCAAGGACCGAGCCGCCCGCCGAAGACCCCUCGUACCGCCAAUCCGACACUCCGCACACGACUACCGCCCUACCACCUCCUGCAAGCGAGAAUAAUGAACCCCGUAGGUGCUGGAUUUGCUUCAUGGACGAGACCGAGGACGACGAGACAUCUUCAGACUGGCGGUCGCCCUGCCCCUGUGCGCUGGAAGCGCAUGAGAGCUGCCUGCUCGACUGGAUCGCGGAUAUGGAGCAGACGGGAAGCACGCCGCGCAAGAUACAAUGCCCGCAAUGCAAGUCUGAAAUCAGGCUGCGCCGUCCCCGUAGCCUAGUCGUAGAUGCCGUUCGAGUGCUGGAGCAUUUCGUCGCUGUGGUGCGAGUGCCGUGCUUCAUCACUGUUGCAGGUACCGCCGCGUUUUCCACCCUAUCUCUGAUCGGAAAAGCACAUAUCUACGAGAUCUUCGGAGCGGAGGAUGCCCUGCGCAUACUCGCACCGCUAUAUCAAGCUCCGAGGGGGAUCGAAACCACCGUAGCUGCUGCCAUCCUGCGUGAUUUUCAGCAACACUGGCGGUUGCAUCUGGGGCUGCCCCUGAUCCCGACCAUCCUUAUGGCAAGCCGUACCUCUGCCGCCGACUCCAUCCUCCCCUUCAUCCCUCUCAUCUUCUUCGUCAGCUCGGGUCGACCGCAAGAUGAGUUGUUACACUUCUCAUGGCCGCCGAGUGCAGCAUUUACUGUUGCUGCGCUUCCCUAUAUCAGGAACUUGUACAACACAUACUACGAGCGCGUAUGGGCUCCCAAGGAGCAUAAAUGGCUCAAGCAGAUACAACCCCGCGCAGCCUCUGGGGAAGACCUGAACGCUAGGGAGAUUGGAGCAUUGCGGCAGAAUGAUGACAUGCAAGAAGAUGAAAUCGUCGAGGACGCUUUGGAAAUCGAGGUCGAUAUCGACUUCGACAUAUUCCGCGACUGGAACAAUGGAGGUGCUGCAGACAAUCAUGCUGCUGCGGAGAAUCCCCCCGUGCCGAUUGCGCGCGGCCCAGGAGCUCCUCCAGAUGUGGCGCCGGGCGUGGGCCAGCAAGGCAACCCUGGAGACGGUGUCCAUGUUCGCCGUCGAGUCGAUAAUGUCACUGUAAGCAUGACAAACAUAGCCAACAGCAUACUUGGCGCUCUGAUCUUUCCCUCCAUUGCUGCCGUUGUCGGAGAGGUCCUCAGAAUGACGCUGCCGAAGGCAUGGGUCACUCCACCGCUCAGUGGCAAGCCUACUGGCUUUCUCCAAGCGCGAUGGGGACGAAGCAUUCUCGGGGGAUGUCUUUUCGUCGGAAUCAAAGACGUCAUUAUGCUAUACGUAAGGUGGAGAAUGGCACAGAACCAUAUGAAACGCGUUAUUCUUGACCAUGACAAGAGCAAAAGUAAAGGGCGGGUAAAACGACAAUCAACCAGGUAACUGGGCGAUCCGGGUAUGGUGGACUUGCCUUGGCUCGAAUUCAUUCGUUUUGGUUACCCAGUGUACAGUAUGAUGAUAGCAGUACUGCUUUCUGCACUUCACCUCGCAUAGAGCCUGACCUCGUUAUCCUCCAAAUAUGUAAUCAACGCCUAUCAGGCUAGCGGAAUUGUGCUGGGGAAAAAAAGAUACUGGUCGUUUCGUAUUCGUGAAGUCGUGAUAUCAGCAAGGCAAGAAAUGUAACAAAAAGUGGCGCGACUGAGAAUCGAACUCAGAUUAAC